AUGUCCGACACACAGGUACCCGGCCGCCCGCCCCCGCAACCCUCCAUGGCCCUCUUCCAAUCCUGCGUCGUCGGCUACAUGACCCAAAACCCCACCGGCGGCCUACCCGAAGCACUCGAGUUCUGUUCGACCUCACUCUCAACCUGGGGCGGGGAGAUGGCGGCCUUCACGAUCCACGAAUCGGGCCCGGCGGCGAUCAUCAUCGGGAUAACGUAUCCGAUCAUUAUCCUGGAUCUGGUGCUUUCGGCGUCGCGGUUGAGGAAGAUGGUGAAUGGGAGGGGGGUGACGAUGUUGUUUGCGAGUUUGGCGAAUUUGGUGUUUGCGUCGGCUAUUGCGUUUGCGUGUACGGGCGUGAGGGAUCCGGCGACGAUAAGGGUGACGGAUAAUUUGGGGUUGACGGGGUUUAUUUUCAUGUUGUUCUCAACAUGCUUAACAGGGGUCUACCGCGCCAGCAACGUCAUCCUAAUCCCUCACCGACAACAGCUCUUCCGCACAACCGCCACCGUCUGCAUAGCCAUCUUCGGCAUCGGAUUCGCCUACAACGCAUACACAGAGGUCAAAAACUCGCCCGUAUACCCAACCGAGUUCUCGUAUCUCUUCUUUGGCCUCACGUUCGUUCCGGUGUUGACGUACAUCAUCGGCGGCUGCGUCAGUUUCUCGUGGAACAUCCCGCAAACGACGUUUGUCACUGCGGGCGGCCAGCGGGGGAGCGUGCUGAGGGCUUUGAAGCGGUUGAAUGAUAUUAUGACGGCGUUGACUAUUUGUAUCGCGAUUAGUCAGUUAGCGAUUUUGUAUCCGUUGCGUAAAUCCGCCACUAUAAACUCCGUCUCCUGCCUCCACGUCUCCCUCAUGCUCCUCCUCGAAAACAUGUUCGAAUCCGCCAUCAUCGUGCUCGCCAUCUUCGGCGCCGCGCCCGUCAACGCCGCCGCAUCGUCGCACAGGGAGCAGCUGAGCGGCGCCAACACCUCGCGGACAGGCUUCAACACAAGCGCGAGAGCGUUGACGAACGCGGAGAAGGCGGAUGGGGUCGUUAGGAGUGUGAGCGUCAGAGCACCGAGCUCGGAUGUGCUGGCGAUGGGGCCGAAACAGGCUGAGGAGGGUGGAGGUGGGAAUGGGAAUGCGAGGCCGUUGUUUAAGAAGGCUGGGAGUCAGGCGAGGGUGGAUGUUGCUGAGUAA